ACUUCCACAGUGGGAGCGGCCAUUUUGGUUUUGCUGCAGUUCACCGACUCUCAACCCCGGUGACCCGCCGGUCAAUUUAACAACAGUUCGUUGAGCAACUCCUGGUGACUUUAACACCGGUUUGGUGAAUCCGCUUUACAUAGGUGCAUGCAGCGGUCAAUUUAACAACGCACCCUACCAUUCUUACCUUUAAGAGAAACCGGACUACGCUUACCAAAAUGCAUUGGGUUUGUGAGUUGAAAAGCACGGAACUAUCCCAAACUGUCCCGCUGAACACUGAGCCAUAUGGCCACCUUAAUUAGAAGUUGUAAAACAAAUCAUGACAUGACAUGUUGACGCAGUCCUUAAAUACUAUUUACAUGUUUUUAAUCCACAGUCAAGGAAAUAAAAUCCAAUUUAAGGCUAGCUUUACAAAAAAAGGACAAAUAUCGAGUGUCACAGAUAAGGACUACAUUAACCACACUGCGACUAUGUGGUGUAAAAAAAAUACAAAUCACAACCAGGGAAAGGCUGUGAUUGUUGGUUGUCAUGGGAACGUUUUUGCAGCUUGCAACAAAAAAGCUACAAAUAGCAGCAAAGGCUGGUUGAUCAGAAGUUUAUUGAACCCAAAAAGCGAUAUUCUUUUAUAAUAAUAGCUAUUUAGGAGUUUGUUUCUUCUGGUUGCACUUUUCUGAUGUUUUUCGAGAAUUAAUUGGCCAUGAGUACCAAUGAUGAGAGCUCUCAUCGCAGUGAUGAUGAAGAGGAAAGCCAGGAAAAGCCGAUUUCUGCAAUUGCUCCCCAAGUGAACUUGCAAGAAGUGCCAGCAGAUGUCUCUGCAAGCCCUGCAUUUCAGUGUCUAGAUGAGCUGUUUUCCAUUGGAAAAAUAAGAGGAACCAGAGUUGCUGAGCUGAAGGCCAGUUACACCUUGCUGCAUGAGACUUUAAAAAGUACGCAGCAGUCAGAGAUCCAGAUGCUGCAGGAUGCUAAACACUUUACAGCACAAAUUGAGAGACAGAAACAGGAGCUGGAGCGGGCUGACCACUUUCCUGAAGGCUUUGACACUGAAGUCAGUAAGAUGAGACAGCAGCUCUUGAAGCUUCAGAAUGACCUUAAUGAGGCAGAGGAGAUCAACUAUAACCUGCAGUAUAAGCUUGAGAGCUUACAUGAGGAAAAGAAAAUCCUGGAAAGAGAAUAUGGAAAGAUGCCAAAACCAGGUGAAUUAGAGAAGAAAACUAAGGUUUUAAAAGAUAACUGUGAAGAGCUGCGUAAAGAGAUUGCCCAAAGGAAACUGGAAAUUGAAGCAUUGAAAGAAGAUAUGGAGGGCAAGCAGAGACAAAUCCAACGUGAGCAAAAAGAGCUGGAUGAGAGAAAAGAUACCCAGGAAGAUCUAAAGGCUGAACUAGUCCGACUGCAGUUCAUUACAGUCCAACUUGGGAAGGAGAUUGAGAGAAUAAACCGAAAAAAUAUGGAUGUGCAAAAAAAGAAAACCGAGCUGGAAGAGCUGAUCUCUGAACUAAGUAUUGCUCAGAAACAAACUGAGACCAAAUUCCGGAUGAUAGGAGAUGAGAAACAAGAGGUCAUGAAGGAGCUGGAUGGGAAAAGGGCACUGCUGGAGGCCCAAGAACGUGAGCUGAACAAACUGAUGAAAGAACUGGAAACAGGAAAAGAGAAUGAAGUACUAGUUAUGGGAGAAAGAGCUAUUCUGGAUCUGAAUUUACACCACCUUUUGAUGGAAAAGAAAACUCUACAUGACAGUGUGUCUCGGAAGCAGAGGGAGAAAGACAGAGAUCUGCGCAAUCUGAAGAAAAUGGAGUUGCAACUCAAGUUGGCUAAUGAUGCAUUAGCACAUAUUCAGUCUCUGCAUGAGAAAGAAAAAUCCCAGAUGGAUGCCUUCCCCAAGGAUGAUGGUACUCAGUUAGAAAGAAGAAAAGAAUUGCAAAAGGAAGUUGAAAUGAUAAAGCAAAACUUGGCACAACAGCAAUCCCUGACAGAAGUGGAAGCUCGUAUGGUGGAGCAGUGCAUUGCUGAGGAACACAACCUUGUUGAGGAACUGAAUCGUUACCGAGAGGAAGUGAUUCAGCUUACCCGACUGGUCCAAAUCAAGACUGACGAGCGAGAGCAGAAAUCAAGGGACUUUGUUAAAGCUGAGCAAAGAGUCAAUCGCACCAAACAAGAAGUUAAAGCUAAAAGUCUGGUAAUACAGGAGCACAAGAAGAAAUAUCAGGAAAUUAAAGCGAGACUACAUUCAUUUUCAAAUAUAUAUGACAUCCUAAAGAAUGAGAGGAAUAAAUGUGUUAACCUCAUCCAGACAGCCUCACAGAAAGCAGCAGAAAUGAGGGAGAAAUCCAAAAUCCUGGAGAAUGAGAUUGAAAUUCUGAUGACCGCUGCCUUUAAAAAAGAAAGUCUACUCCAGAAAUCCAAGAUGAAACAUCUCAAUAGCCAAACAGUGAGAGAUAGCAUAAGAAGCGACAUCUCCAAAGUGAGCGACACCCUGUACGAUCUGAGGGACAAGAGGGAGGAGCAAAAAAUGCACAUCGGCAAACUUUCCACUAUGAUCAGCCAGGCCGAGGAAAAGAUGGUGCAGCUGCAAAAGAUGUAUGAAACUGCAGUACAAAAUCGCAAUGACAGGGGAGUACAAUUAAUUGAGAGAGAGGAGGAAGUCUGUAUUUUCUUUGAAAAGGUGAACAUUCAAGACACCCUAAUACAAAAUGGAAAUCUUGAGGUACAAGCCAUUGAGGAGGAGAUUCGUUUUCUGAAAUUACUGAUUGCUGAAGAGGAGAGGCAGAAUGAGCAGAUACGUAAAAGCCUGCCACACCGACGAGCCCUCGAAGCAGACUUGGUUGUGCUGCAGAUACAGUUCUCACAGUGCCGGGACAGAACAUUAGAGCUGGAGAAAAAAGUGGCAGAUCCUUGCAAAGAGAAUCGAAUGCGGUUACUUGAGGGAAAAGAUCCAUCACACAUGGAGCUCAUCACAAAGGCAGAAGAGCUUGAGGUGCGGCUGGGAGAAAAAGAGGAGCUCCUGCUUGAAAAGGACCUGAUUUACGAGCAAGUGACGAGGCUUUCUCAACGAGUCCGGACCAAAGCUGAGAGUGGCAAACAAGACACACUGGCACUGGCAAAGAAUGUGAAUGAGCUUCAGAACAAGAUUAAAGAGACCACAAGGAAGAUGAUGGCGCUGGUGUCAGAGCUGUCUAUGCAGCAGGCCAAUGCAAUGAAGAUGCAGCAGGAGGUGCAAGAGAAGGAGCAAUUCCUUGAGUCCUGUCACAUGAGGCUGGAGCAGGGCCUGCCUCCCAGUCCUGAAAUGGAGUUGGAGUGGCUCAGGACAGUGAGGGACCAACAGAGACGCAAUAAAGAGAAUGAAGAAAAAGCCAGGAUCAUGGAAGAGGAUCAGCAGUACCAAUUAGCAAAUGGUGUCUACACCACAUCUGAGCCCAGGCCCAAUGCCUAUAUCCCACAAGAAGAGGAUGCAUUGCCUCUAGCCCGUCCAUAUGGAGCUUUGGCUCCAUUCAAACCUACCGAACCUGGAGGGAACAUCAGACACAUAAGAAAGCCUGUUAUCAAACCUAUUGAAAUUUAAUCCUGCUGUUUAAGUAUAUCCUAAAGAGAAAUGUUUCUGUUAAUUUACAAAAUAAGAAAAAGUCAAUCAUAAUGUGCUAUUGUAAAUUAUUAAACGUAUGCUGUAAAACAAAUGGUUUAGCAUUCAUUACACCUUAAUUCAACCAAAUUUGUUUUCUAAUGAAUGGCUCUAAAUAAGUACCAAUACCCAAAUGUUUCUGUCAGUGUAAAUGAACGGUUUCAAGUUUUAUUAUUAGGUUCUCGUUGUUGCUGUGUGAAGGGUUUGCCACACUAAAGAUUAUUGGCUGAAGUACAGUAUGCAGUUUUGCAACAGAAAAUAUAUUUUAUAGGUCACAGUAGGGGAGAGAGGUGAAACCUUCCUGCUCAUUUGGCUAGAUUCACAGACCUUGUAAGCACUAAUCUUUGACAACAUAAUGUUAACUUAGGUAAGGUUGCCCAAGAGUGCUAAAUUGGGGUCUGGAAAACUAGCCAUUUAUUCUUUUGAAUAUUUUACUUAGUAAGAUUGAAUAAGAACUAUGAAUCACAUGCUAUAUUUUAAAUCUUGCUGUGUUUGGAAGUCUGGUUUUGUACAAAGUCUAAGCACCCUUUCCCAAGCUGAAAUGUGUUUUUUUUUUUUUUUACUGUCAGUUUAAUUCAGUACAAAUACAUGUUAACAAUAUUCACUUUUAUUUUUUGCAUUCCAAUGUACCAAACUUAGAAAAAAUCCCUUUUAUGCCAGUUCCUCUUGUUAAUUGUGUUAUUCAAAUAAAUGCAUUGAUACAUACAUUA